CAAAACACAGAAAACCUUAUUAUCCUCAAAACAUGUCUCUAACAGGUCGUUCUCGUAUAGUUGUGAAUGGGGUCAGAAGAACAAGAACUUUUCACUAUUUCUGGUGCCUGUACUGCCAAAGAACCGUGAGGAUACCCUUUACAAACAACGAUGGUUCUACAUGUCCCUAUUGCUUCCACCACCUGCGUUACGAGCUUGAUAUCUCAAGGCCAAGGCUUCUCAUGAACGUGCCAAAUAACUUGCAACCUUCACCAGCUACUCAACUUUUGCAUAACUUGGCCCUCAUUCUUGAUCCACCUCUAAGGAGGCAAAACAACAACCAUUUCAACACAACCACACAUUGGGAAACAGAAAAUGAACAUGGUGCAGAUUCUCAGGCUUGGAUCACACUCCGAUUUCCAAGGCCAACUCCUGCACCUAGGCCUAUUUCCCCACCACAAAACAUGGUUCCUCCGACCAAUGACACUGACACGUUAUUAGAUGACUUCAUCGAUGGAAUGAUUCAGAACAAUAACAGACCAGGGCCACCUCCUGCAGCAUCUUCUGCCAUUGCAGCAUUGCCAAUGGUGAAACUGACACAAACCCAUUUGGGUAGUGAUCCCAAUUGCCCAAUCUGCAAAGAUGAGUUUGAGCUCGACAUGGAAGCCAGAGAGUUGCCAUGCAAUCAUUUCUACCAUUCUGACUGCAUCAUCCCUUGGCUGCGCAUGCACAACACUUGCCCCGUAUGCCGAUACGAGCUACAAGGUGUGGUUACUCCUAAUGCUAAUUACAGUUUCCAAAGCGAUGAGAAUGACCUGAGGUUUGCUUUUGAAGAUAUCUCAAACAGCUUGAACUGGAUUUGGAACCACUUGGCUUCAUUCAGGCCUAUUCGUUCAGUCCUAGAUUGGACACGGUCCUACUUUGAUUUCCAAGAAACUCGUCUUCGUGUUCGUCGAGGUAGUUCUUCUUGGUGGCGAUCAUUGUUCGUUGUAUAGCUUCAUCUGUGAGAUCUCUGGAACUGAAACCUGGUUUAUCAUAUCAGAAUUAUGCCAUGGUUAAUUAAUUUAAGCAGGUAAAUGGUUGAUUUCAAGGAUGAAAUUGAUACAGAAAAUCUGGAAAGCUGCUUCUGGUGCAUGUGCCCACAAGUUAUGAUUGAAAAAAGAUUAUUUCUUGGUGAAGAACUACAUUUCAAAAGGAGAUCUUCACCUAGUUUCCUGAUUUUUAUUUAGAAAAAUGAUUUAUUCUUUACUGAUGUCUCUCUUAUCUAUAUACAUUUGCUUUUAUUUUCUUUAAAUCUCUCCA